AUGGCAUUCUAUCGUUCUUUUCGAGAACAGGUAGUGUCAUCAAGAUCACCUAUAGUGGACAGAAUUGCGGAAGAACCUGUGCCUAGCAAAUCAACUCAAAGCACAGUCACGGGCAUUUAUCAAGUCAACAUGGUGGGAUAUUGGAGAAACGUGACGAUAUUAUGGACAAAAAAUUACAUGAACCAUUCAUUACACCUAACAGUUGAUGGAUUGGGAGGUGAGAUUCAGUACAACUGCAAGAUUGACGUGAAGCCAUGGCACUUUUGGAGCAAGAAAGGCUACAAAUCAUUCAUCGUCGACGGCCACCAAGUCGAAGUCUACUGGGACCUCCGGUCGGCGAAGUUCUCCGGCAGCCCGGAGCCAUGCAGUGACUACUACGUUGCACUGGUGUCCGACGAAGAGAUUGUUUUGUUAUUAGGAGACUACAAGAGGAAAGCCCACAAGAGAACGAAGGCGAAAUCUCCACUAACUGAUGCAGUCUUGGUGAUGAAGAAAGAAAACGUGUUCGCCAAGAAAAGCUUCUCGACAAAAGCGUGCUUCGACGAGAGUGGUAAAGAGAGCGACAUAGUUGUGGAGAGUUCAAGUUCAGGUCAGAACAAGGACCCAGAAAUGUGGGUGAGCAUUGAUGGGAUAGUGAUGAUCCAUGUGAGAAGCUUGCAAUGGAAGUUUCGUGGGAAUCAGACAGUGAUUGUGAAUAAACAACCUGUGCAAGUUUUGUGGGACGUUCAUGAUUGGUUGUUCAGUGAGAGUGGUUCAGGUGGGGCUGGUCUGUUCAUAUUCAAGCCAGGACCUUUCGAACCAGACAGUGAAAAAGAAGGAAGUGCGUUAUCUGGGUGUGAGAGUGAUGAUGGAAGUGGGUUUUAUUCAACAAAGAGCCAAGCUACCAACUUUGAUUUUUGUCUGAUUCUCUCUGCCCAUAAAAUUGAGUAA